CCCGCAGCCUCAAAUUCUCCGGAAAGAUGAAAUAUAAAUCGCAAUCCCCAAAUCCCCAAAUCCCCAAAAGAAAAAUCGGCCUGAAAAGAUCAGGUGAAAGGAGAAGUUAAAAUAAUGGAGGAAAUUCGUCUGGGUCGACCCACUUGAUCGCCGGUAGAUAUGUGGACGACGACUUGGGGAAUUGUAUGCGAUCACAAUUUCAAUUCUAAUUCUCUCUCUGUAUGUACAGCCAUUUUGGAGAAAUCUGGAGAACUCGGUGCAAAUUGCUGCGAUUUGUUGUGGACCAAUUAAUUACCCUGUUCUACACGUUGAAUCGGGGAAAUUGUCAUAAGAAACCAACCCCCGCUUCUUCUUUUGCCCUUCUUCUCCGUCGUUUUCAAGGCAAUCCCAUGAUUUAUUAGCGCUUAAAUCCUUUAAUUUGGAGUGCAAAAGAAAACUUUUCCAAAGAGAGAGAGAGAGAGCUUUAAAUGCGAGUUGGUUGAUGCGGUUGCUUUCCGUCUUCCCCUUCUUAAGCACGAAGGCAAGCCUUGUUCUUCUUCCCCUUUAUUUGAACCCCCCCAAUUUGGAUUCUGGACCGACCCUUUGAUUUUUCCAUGGAUUUCAUUGCGAACCCAUUUCGGUUUUCUUCGUCGUCAUCGCCUUCGUUUGGGAAUCUCUUCGAGAGGGUUAGAGAAAUUUGCUGCUACGCGGUUUCUGCGAUUCUUGGCAACAUCUUGUCCGCCAUCUUCACCUUCUUCUUCGCCCUAGUGGGCACGUUGCUUGGAGCCAUGACUGGAGCAUUGAUUGGCCAAGAAACAGAGAGUGGAUUUGUUAGAGGAGCUGCUGUUGGGGCAAUUUCUGGAGCUGUUUUCUCUAUUGAAGUCUUUGAAUCUUCUUUGGUUCUUUGGCAAUCGGAUGAAUCGGGGAUUGGAUGUCUUCUUUAUCUGAUUGAUGUCAUUGCAAGCCUCCUCAGCGGACGACUGGUUCGGGAACGGAUUGGUCCGGCCAUAUUAAGUGCAGUUCAAAGUCAGAUGGGUGCUACAGAGGCAAGCUUUGAUGACAUCCCGAACAUCUUCGACACAAGUAGCGCUAAAGGGUUGCCCGGAGACUCAGUCGAGAAGAUCCCGAAGAUCGUUGUAUCUAAAAACAACAGCGUAGAUGCUUAUGGGGAGAGAGUCUGCUGUUCAGUUUGCCUUCAGGACUUUCAGCUUGGGGAGACUGUAAGAAGUUUACCCUAUUGCCAUCACAUGUUCCAUUUGCCCUGCAUUGAUAAAUGGCUUCUUACUCAUGGCUCUUGCCCUUUAUGUAGAAGGGAUCUGUGAAAUUCUUCCACUUACCCCACUGUGUUGACUUGGCAUUGUAAAUUACUAGAGAAAAAAUUUCCUUAAUUUUCGCUAAAACUUGAGUUAGAUCAUUGCUCCAGUAGUUCGAGCAGGGGCAGUUGGACGGACAUCACACCGAGACGAUUGAUCAUCACCCAACCCACCCAUGUAUAAAAAUUUUGAGUAAUUAUAGCUUUAUAUUCCUCUUGUGAAUAAACCAUAUUCCUCCUCUUACUUGAAUGAUCAACUAUGCUGCUUCUGUCA